ACUCUCUUCUAGUAAGCCUCUCCUUCCACUUGACAGCACCGCCCUCUUCCAUGGACACAGUUCUGUCAAUAACAUCCUCCAUGAAAGUCGCGAUGGCCUUCCAAAUCUUGCUCGUCCUUUGCACAGUCCUUGGCCUCUUCCAUCUUCUCAAAGCUUUCCUGUCUCUUUCCCAGUGGGUUUGGGAUUCUUUCCUCAUGCCCAUGAAGGACCUUAAGCAAUAUGGCUCGUGGGCAGUUGUGACAGGCCCUACUGAUGGCAUAGGCAAGUCCAUCGUCUUCGGCCUGGCUCGCCUCGGCCUGAACUUGGUGCUAGUGGGCCGCAACCCGGCCAAGCUGAGCUCGGUGGCCGGUGAGAUCCACGCCAAGUUCAAAUCUGUGAAGGUCCGAAGCAUUGUGGAUGAUUUCUCCAAGGAAGUUGAUGAGGGAAUGAAGAGAAUUGAGGAAGGGAUCAAGGAGCUGGAUGUUGGUAUCCUGAUCAAUAACGCUGGCAUGGGUUUGCCUUAUUUUCGGUUCAUGCAUGAGGUUGAUGUAGAGCAUGUGGAGAGAAUCAUCAGAGUGAACUUGGAGGCGCUCACUAGGGUUACCCAUGUGGUGCUUCCUCUCAUGGUGAAGAAGAGGAGAGGGGUCAUCCUCAACCUUGGCUCUGCUGCCGGAUCUGUCUUGCCUGCUUACCCUUUUAGUGCUCUCUAUGGUGCAACCAAAGCAUAUAUUCAUCAUUUCUCCAAAACCCUCAAUGUUGAGUACAAAAGAUUUGGCAUCCAUGUGCAGUGUCAGGCCCCAUUCUUCGUGGCGACGAAAUUGUCAGCCGUGAAGGCUUCGCUCUUCGUUCCCACAGCUGAUGACUAUGCAGAGCGGUGCCUGCGUUGGAUAGGCAACCAUGAUCAGUCCGUCUGCUCGCCCCACUGGGCUCACUCCAUCCUGUGGUUGGCGGUCGGCCUGUUGCCCGAAGCGCUGCUCAACUUGGUAGUGUUUCGAGUUAUGCUCCGCCGACAGGAGAAGAAAAAGAAGAAGGAGGAGAAUGAUCGUCUCAAGGCAUAGGGCGAAGAGAUAGAGAAAUAUCAUCGGCGUCUCAUGAUCAUCUUCUGCUGAUGAUUUCUGUUUCUAAAUUUCACCAAAUCUAGCUGUUUCAUGCAUGCAUGUUCCCGUUGUCGCCUAAGAACCUGGAAAAACGGCUAGGUCUUUUAAAAAAGGGUAAAAUGAAACUGCAAUUAUGAGGCUUUGUGCAUGUAUAUUCUGAUUUUCAAUGCAAAACCUGUUUCAUCUUUCUCAGAA